AUGUCCCGCGCCAUCGACGGCGAUGGCGACCACGAGAUGGCUGAGCCUGCCGCCGCCGAAUCCUCUCAUAACCGGAGACGACGGUGCCAAAUCCACAUUUCCCGUCACGAGCGAUUAACUCUAGAGGCCCAUAUAGACUCUAUAGGUGGAAGGACCUACCUCGACGAGCAGCAAUGGACAAUGCCAGAUGGCCAUCUUUGCCCGCUACUGCGUCUCCCGCCAAUCACUCCUGGUAAUCCGUAUUUCUUUCAUGAGCAAGUCACCGCAUCAGGGGGAACCCUGCCUGAACCCAGAAGAGAAGCCCUCCCGCCGUUGGGAACCUUGGUGUUCGAUUGGGACACGGAGGAGGCAGAGGACUUUGCUGAUCAACGGAGGAGAGACAGAGCAUUGGCCUCUGAACGACUGCGCGCUCAGGAGCAUCUGCAACAGGGCCAUCAUGCUAAUGUUCCUGCUGGAUAUCCUGUGCAUUAUCCAGAAACUCCACCUUCGGUACGGCCCAAGGAGUGUGCUGUAUGCUUUGAGGAACACCAACCCGGAGAGCUAGUGGUCUUGCACCACUGCCAAUGCGCCUACUGCCUGCCCUGUCUCAACCAGGCAUUCCGAAUAGGCUGCAAGGACCGUGCCUCAUUCCCUCCAAAGUGCCACAAGGUCCCUCUACGCAUCUCUGCUUUGGGCAGUGUGCUUGAACCCGACGUGGUCGAACGCUACAAACAGAUUGAAGCCGAGUUUGGUGCACAUCGGCCCUUCUACUGCGCCUUGCUGAAGUGCUCCGCUUUCAUCCCAGAAACGGACCACCUCCCCCAGCAAGAGGUGGCGGUCUGUCCACAAUGUCACAACUCGACAUGCAGAUCCUGCAAACAGCUCCAGAGUGACCACACUGUCUGGGACAUUGACGUGAAGAAGCGCACGUGUCCGGCAGAGGAGGAAGAUGUCAUCAAACUCUAUGAGCUGGGGAACGAGAAGGAAUGGAGACAGUGUCCCACUUGUGGGAACAUGGUGGAGAAGACUGAAGGCUGUGAGCACAUGGAUUGCGUUUGCGGCGUCGAGUUCUGCUACGUGUGCGGCGCACUUUUCGACGAAAACAGUCGCUGUGGGUGCAACGAUGAAGAUGAUGAGCAUGACAAUCAGGAAGAUGAUGAGGACGAAUGGAAUCUUGAUGGGUUCUUGGCCGCUGAGCGGUGGCCCGGUGCCGCGGCCGCCUUUGGACCCCCUUCUUACCCCUUGUGUUUCCACGGCGCGACGUUUCCCGUGGCCCCGGACAGGUGGCAUGAGGUUGUUCGACGUGCCUAUUACGCAGAGUACGGGGGUACCCCAGCUUAUGCCGAGUUAUUCCGACGAGGACCGGCGCGCCAGCCCGGGGCAUGA